GACAACUACUCGCACAUAAACAAUCAAAAUGAACGCGUGACUCUUAGAGAGAUCUGCAGGCAGAGAGCGCGAGGUAGAAUGUGACGUCACCAGUCGCACUUCUUUCCUACUUGUUGGGAAAAGCGCGAGCUACGCUGCCUGGCACAGAGAGGGGACAGCGCGCGCACGGAGAAAGAAUAUCUUGCACGGAUGCCAAUGUAUUGUAUCACUCUGAGAUCUCAUGUCGCGCAAAGAAACAGAUGAAAGACAUCGACCACCUUAGACUCGUGGAGAGAUCUGCGAAAGCAAGAGCGCAGCUUUAUAAAGUAAAGCUCUUAUCCCCGGAGGCUCAACUGUCACAGUAUGGAGAACAUCACAAGCCCCUUCAUCCCAAACCCGACAUGCAACUACAGCAUGGACUUAUACUAUCACAACUCUCCCAACCGGAGCGAUCUGAACUGCACGCCGCCGGCUGACUACUUCUUUUACGCAGAUCUGUACGUGGUUCUCCCGGUCAUUUACUCCGUGAUAUGUGCCGUAGGUCUGACGGGCAACACGGCGGUCAUAUAUGUGAUUCUCAAAGCACCCAAAAUGAAGACGGUGACCAAUAUGUUCAUUCUGAACUUGGCGAUCGCCGACGACCUCUUCACUUUAGUGCUGCCCAUCAAUAUAGCGGAGCAUCUGUUACACUACUGGCCGUUCGGCGAAGUGCUUUGCAAAAUCAUUUUAAGCAUCGAUCACUAUAACAUCUUCUCCAGCAUCUACUUUCUGACGGUUAUGAGCGUGGACCGGUACCUGGUGGUGCUGUCGACCGUGCGCUCCAAGCGCAUGCCGUACCGCACAUACCGGGCAGCCAAGAUAGUGAGUCUGUGCGUGUGGCUUCUGGUGAUCCUCAUCGUCAUGCCCUUUACCGUGUUCGCAGGAGUCUACAUCAGCCCCGACGACUCCGACAGGAAAAGCUGCGUGCUGAGUUUCCCCAGUCCUGAAAGUUUAUGGUUCAAAGCGAGCCGGAUUUACACCCUCAUACUGGGCUUUGCCAUUCCGGUGUCUACAAUUUGCAUUCUUUACACCAUGAUGCUGUACAAACUAAGAAACAUGCGUCUGAACACCAACGCCAAAGCGCUGGACAAAGCCAAGAAGAAGGUGACUAUCAUGGUGUUUAUUGUACUGGCCGUGUGCCUGUUCUGCUGGACGCCCUUUCACCUCAGCACCAUCGUAGCGCUGACCACAGACCUUCGGACCACACCGCUUCUCAUCGGCAUCUCGUACUUCAUUACCAGCCUGAGCUACGCCAACUCCUGUCUGAACCCGUUCCUCUACGCCUUCCUGGACGACAGCUUCAGAAAGGCGUUCAAGAAGAUGUUAGAAUGUAGACCUGCCUGAAUGUAACGCGUUUUGAAGGGACGAGGAACAGGGUUGUGCACCAUUCGGAAUUUAAUUCCAUUUCGAUUCCUGGAUUUGAAUUAUAUAUUAAAA